AUGUGUAAUAUUUUGGUUUGUGGGGGUGAUUGGUGGGUUAUUGGGGUGUUAGUUAUUGUGGUUUAUUUUGGGUGGUAUUGGGGUGUUUUUGGGGGUGGGUUUGUGGUUGGUGAGGUGUGGUGGGGUUUUGUGGUUGUGGGGUGUGGGGUUAUUUUGUUGGGGUUGGUGGUUUUGGGGGUGGGGGGUUGUGUUGUUUUUGUGGUUUGUUUGUUUUGUGGUUGGGGGUGUAGUGGGUUUUGUGUUGUUGGGUUGGUUUUUUUUGAAGUUGGGUGGGGGGGGGGGGGUGUUUUUGGGUGUGGGGGAUGUGUGGAAGUUUGUUUUUUGGUGGUGGGGGUGGGUUUUGGGGUUUGGGGUAAGGUUGGUGGUUGGUUGUGGGGGUUUUGUGGGGUUUUGUUUUAUUGUGGGGGGGAGUUUGAGUGGGUUUGGUUGGGGGGGGGGGUGUGGAGUGUUGUGGUGGGUUUGGAGGUGUUUAUGGUUUUGGGGUGUUUGUUGGUGGGGUUGUGGUUUGGGUUUUUUGGGUUGGGUUUUUGUUUUGUUGUUUGGUGUAGGGGUUGGGGGUGGGUGUAUAUUGAGUGGGUGGUGGUUUUUGGAGGGGGGGGGAGGGGGGUUUUUGUUGUGGAGGUUUUUGUGGUGGUUUAUUUUGUGGUGGUGGGUUUGGUGGGGGGUGGGGUUUAUGUGGUGGGGGUUUUUGGGGGUGGGGUUGUUGGUGGGGUUGGUGUGGGGGUUUUGGGGUGGGGUUUGGGGGGUGGUGGUUUGUGUGGGUUUGUGGUGGGUUUGGUGUGUGGGGUUGGUGGGGGGUGGGUUUGGUGUGUGGGGGUUUUUGUUGGUGGGGUUUUGUGGGGGGGUAGUUUAUUGGUUGGGUGGUUUUUGUGGGGUGGGGGGGGUUGGGUGUUUUUUGUGGGUUGGGGGGGGGGGUUUGGUGGGGGUGGGGGGGGGGAUGGGUUGUGGGGGGGGGGGGGGGGUGUUGAGGGGGUGGGUGGGGUGGGGGAGGGGGGGGGGGGGUGGGGGUGGUGUUUUGGGGUGGUUGGGUGGGGGGUGGGGGGGGUUGUUGUGGGUGAUUUUGGUGGUGGUGGUGGUUGUGGGGUUUGGGGUGGUGGGUGGUGGGUGGGGGGGGGUUUGGGGGGGGUUUUGGGGGGGGUGUUUGUGUUGGGUGUUGUGUUGGGUGGUGUGGGGUUGUAUUGGGGUUGGGGGGGGGGGGUUUUGUGUGGGGGGUUUGGUGGGUGGGGUUGUUGGUUGUUGGGUUGGGGGGGGGUGGUUUGGGUGUUGGGUUGUUGGGGGUGGUGGGGGGGGUGGUUGGUGGGGGGGUUGGGUGGGGGGGUGUGUGGGGGGGGGGGUGUUGUUGGGUGUGGGGUGGGGGUGUUGGGGUGGGGGUUGUGUGUUUGGGGGGGGGGGGGGGGUGUUUGUGUGUGGGGGGGGUUUGGGGGGGGGUUGGGGUGGGGUGUGGUUGGGGGUGGGGUGGUGGUGGGGGGUGGUGGGUGGGGGGGGGGGGGGGGUGUUUGGGGGGUGGGGGGGGUUGGGGGGGGGUGGGUUGGGGGGUGGGGUGGGGGGGGGGGGGGUGGGGUGGUGGGGGGGGGUGGUGGGGGUUGGGGGGGUUGUGGUGGGGUGGUUGUGGUUGGGGUGGUGGUGGUGGGUGUGGGGGGUGGUGGGUUUGGGUGUGUGUGGGUUGGGUUUUGGUUUUUGGUGUGUGUGGGGGUGUGGUUGGUUGUGUUUGGGGUUGGGGGGGUGUGGGGGUGGGUUGUUGUUUGUUGGGGGUGUUUUGGGGUUGGGUGGUGGGGUGUGGGGGUUUUUGGGUUGUUGGUUGUUUGGGGUGUGGGGGGGGGUUGGGUUGGUGGUGGGGUUUUUUGGGGUUGGUUUGAUGGGGUGUGGUGGGUGGGGUGGGGGGGGGGGGGGGGGGGUGGGGUGGUGUUGUGGGUUGGGUGGUGGGGUUGGGGGGGGGGGGGGGUGGGGGGGUGGGGGGGGGUGGGGGGUGUGGGGGGGGUUUUUGGGUGGGUGGUGUUGGUGUGUUUGGGGUGGGGUGGUGGGGUGGGUUGGGGGGUUGGUGUGGGUGGGGGGGGGGAGUGGGGGGGUGGGUGUUGGGGGUGUUUUGUGUGGGGGGGGGGGGGUGUGGGUGGGGGGGGGGGGGGGUUGGGGGGUUUUUGGUGGGGGUUGUGUAGUGGUGGGGUGGGGGUGGGGGGGUUGUGGGGGUGGUUGGUGGGUAUUUGUGGGUGUUGUGUGGGGGGUUUUGGUUGUUUGUGGGGUGGGGUUGGGGUUGUUGUGGAUUUGUGGGGGGUUUGGGGUUGGUGUGUUUUAGGGGGGGGGUGGGGGGGUGGGGGGUGGGUAGGGGUGGGGGUUUUUUUUUGGGUGGGGGGGUGGGGGGGGGGGGUAAUUUUGUGGGGGUGGGGGGGUGGUGGGGGUGUUUGGUUUUGGUGGUUUUUGGGGGGGGGUGUUUGGAGGGGGGGGGUUGGAGGGUGUUGUUUGGGGGGGGGGGGAGUGGUGUGGGUGGGUGUGUUUUUGGUUUGGGUGGUUGUUGGGGGGGGUUGGGGUGUUUGGGGGGGGUUUGGGGGUGUUGUGUUUGUUGUUUGGGGGGGUUGGGUGUUGGGGGGGGGUGGGGUUUGGUGUGUGUGGGUGGUUGGUGUUGGGGGGGGGGGGGGGGGGUUUGUGGGGGGGGGGUUGGGGGGUGGGGUUUGGUUGGGGUUGGUGUUGGUGGGGUUUGGGUUUGGGGGGGGGUGUGGGGUGUGGGGGGGGGUGUGUUUUUGGUGUGUGUGGGGGGGGGUGGUUUGGGUGGGUUUUGUGGGGUUGGGUUUGGUUGUGGGGGUUGUUUGGGGGGGGUUGGGGGGGUUGGGUUGUUUUGGUGUGGGGUGGUUGGGAUUUUUUUGUUGGGUGGUUGUGUGUGUGUUGGUGGAUGGUGGGUGUUGGGUUUGGGUGUGUGGGGGUUGUGGUGUGGUGUGGGGGGGGGUGUUGGGGUGGUGGGUGGUGUAUUGUUGUUGUUGUUGGGGGGGGGGGGGGGUGGGGGGGGUUGGGGUGUGGGGGGUUGGUGGGGUUGGGGGGGGGGGUUGUGUUUGUUGGGUGUUUUGGUGGGGGGGUUGUGGGGGGGUUGGGGGUGGGUGGGGGUUGUGGGUGGGUUGGGGGGGGGGGUGUGUUUUGUUUGUGGUGUUUGGGUUGUGUUGGUUUGUUGUGUGGGGGGGUGUUGGUGGGUUGGGGGGUGGGGUUGUGGGGGGGGUUGUGGUGAGGGUUGUGUGUUGGGGGGGGUGGGGGGGUUGUGGGGGGUGGGGGGGUUGGGGUUGGUGUUGUUGGGUUUGGGGGGGUGGGGUGUGUGUGUUGGUUGGGGGUUGGGGGGGUGGUGGGGUGUGUGUGUGGGGGGGUGGUUUGGGUGGGGUGGGUUGGGUGGGGGGGUGGUGGGGGGUGUGUUUGGGUGGGUGGGGGGUGGUGGUGGGUGGGGGUGUGGGGGGGUUUGUGGGGGUUGUUUGGGGGUGGUGGUGGGGGGUGUGUGGGGGGGGGGGGGGUUGGGUGGGGGGGUUUUUUUUGGGGUGGGGGGGGGGGGGGGGGGGGGGGGGGGGUUGGUGGGGGGUGGGUUGUGGUGUGGGGGGUUUGUGGGGGGGGGUGGGUGGGUGGGGGUUGGGGGGGGGUGGGUGGGGGGGGGGGGGGGGGGGGGGGUUUUGUGGGGGUGGGGGGGUGGUUGUGUUGGGUUUUUUUGGUGGGGGUGGUGUGUGGGGGGGGGUGGUGUGGGGGUGGGUGUGUGGUUGUUGGUUUUUUUGUUUGGGUGGGGGGGGGGGGUGGGGGGGGGGGGGGGGUGGGGGUGUUGUGGGGUGGGGGGGGGUUUGUUUGUGUGGGUGGGUGGGUGGGGGGGGGGGUUGGUGGGGGGGGGGGGGGGGGGGUGGUGGGGGGGUGGUGUUUGUGUUGGGGGUGGUUGGUGGGUGUGGGGGGGGGGGUGGGGGGGGGGGUGGGGGUGUGUGUGGUGUGGGGGGUGGGUGGUUUGUGGGGGGUGGGGGGUGGGUUGGUGUUUUGGGGGUGGGGGGGGGGGGGUGGGGGGGGGGGGGGGGGGGGGGUUUGGGGUGUGGUUGGGGGGGGGGGUGUGGUGUUUGGGUGUUUUGGUGGGUGGUGUUGGGUGGGGUGUUUGUUUGUUGGGAUUGGGUUUGUUUGUGGGGGGGGGGGGGGUUGGUGGUGGUGUGUUGUGUUGGUUGGGUGGGGUGGGUGGUGGUGGGGAUGUUUUGGGUGGGGUGGUUGGGUGUUGUGGGGGUUUUUUGGGUUGUGGGGGGGGGGGGGGUUGGGUGUUUGUGGGGUUAUUGUUGUGGGGGGGGUGUGUUGAGUGUGGGGUAUGGGGGGUGUUGGUUGUUGAGGGUUGAAUAUGUUGUUUGGGGGUGGGUGUGGGUGUAUUGGUUUUGUUGGGGUGGGUUUUUGUUAAAUAGGGGGGGGUUUUUGAUGGGGGGGGGUGGGGAUUGUGGGGUUGGGGUUUGUUGGGGGGUUGGUGGGUGGGUGGUGGGGGGGGGUAAUGGUUGUUGGUUGGAUAUGGGGGAAGAUUGGUGUGGGAUGGUUGGGUUGGUGGAGUUGAUGGUGGGUGUUGGGUGGGGGUGUGGGGGGGGGGGUUGUUGUUGUUGUGUGUUUGGUAUGAUGUAUGUGUUUAGAGGGUUUGGUGUUAAUGUGGUUGGGUGUUUGUUUUGUUGGGUGGUUUGUGUUGGUAGGUGUUUUUGUGGUUGGUGUUUUUGUUGUUUGGGUGUUGUUGUGGUGGUGUUGUUGGUGUUGGGGGGGGGGGGGGGGGGGUGGUUUGGGGUGGGGGGUGUGUGGUGGGGGUUUUUUGUGGGGGUGGGUGUUUUUUGGUGGUGUGGGGGUGUUGGUGGGUUGGUGGGGGUUGGAGAUGGGGGGGUUUUGUGGUUGGUUGUGUUUUUGGUGGGGGGUUAUUGGUGGGGUGGGGUUUGGUGUUUGGUUGGUGGUGGGUGUGGGUAUGUUGGGGUUGAUUGGGGUGGGGGGUUGGGUGUAAGUGGGGGUGGUUGGGGGGGGAUUGUGAGAGAGGGGUUGAGUGUGAGAGAGUGGGUGAGUGUGAGGGGAGAUGAGAGGAUGUUGGUAUGUAGUGGGGGGUGUGAGUGUGGUUGUGUUGGAGAUGUAGAGAGGGGUGUAGUAGAUGUUUGUGUGGUGUGGGUGUGGUGUGUGUGUGGUGUUGUGUGGGAGUGUUGGGGGUUGUGUGGUGUGUGUGGUGUGUGUGUGGUGUUGUGGUGUGUUGGUGGUGUAUGUGUGUGGUGUUGUGUUGGUUGUGUGUGUGGUUAUGUGGUGUUGUGGUGUGUGUGGUGUUUAGGGUAA